AUCUGAAGCAACCCAAGAUUCUUCAUAUUUUUAUUUCAUUGGUGUAUUUGAGUGAAACAACUAUUAAUUAAAAAAAAAAAAAAAAAACCUCUGAAUCAGAGUCCAUGUGGAGUGAUCAAUCAUUGAAAUCAAAACAUUACCAGUUUUGUUUUUCACUUUUUCUGAUUUGGGGUUUCUCAAAUUUCUAGGGUUUUUGAAAUUUUUAGGGUUUGUUUGAACAUUGCUUUUUCUGGGUAAAGAGUGUUGUUUGUGUGUGAAUCUUGGGGUUUCUUGAAAGGGUUUGUUUUAUAGGUUGGUUGGUUCGAGUAACAUUGAGUUUUUAGUAGGAAAUGAGAGAUUUCAGAGUGGUGAUACUCUGUUAAAUCUAUGCUCGUUGUUUGUUGUGAUCUGCAGUUGCUGUUAUUUCUUUAUUUUUUUUUUGUUUGGUAGAGUAGAUUUAGCUUGAUUUCUACUUCAUUUUGGAUUUUUGGGUGUAUAAGGAGUGUUCUUUGUGCAUGAAUUUUGAAGUUUCUGUAAAGGGGUUCGUGGUUUUGGUUUGUUCGGUAGCUGAGAAAUGUUCGUUUCUACUGAGAAAGAACAGAUCUCACAGCCUUUGGAGAAUGGGGGGGAGUCAUUUAAGUCAACUUCCCCAGCAGGAUCAUACCCGGAUUCCCUUAAUGGGUUUCCGGCGGGUACUGAAUUGUGCGAUCCGGUUCCUGUUCCUGCCCUCUAUACUGAUGUGACUGUUGUUCCUGAGCAAGAAAAGCAGGAGCUUGAGCAAACAAUUUCGACUCUAGAAGGAGAAAUUGCUGGAUUGAGGUUGCAGCAUCGGUCUUUGGACCGGACGCGAAGAGAAGCACUGAAUAAGAUCUUAGAUAUAAAAGGCAGCAUUAGAGUGUUUUGUCGAGUUAGACCAAUUCUAUUGACAGAUAGGAGAAGAAUUCACCAACCCAUCUCUACUGAAUUGGAGAAGAUAGUGGUUAGAUCGGGGGGAAGUAGGAAAGAGUUCAGUUUUGAUAAGGUGUUCCCACAAGAAGCAAGCCAAGAAGAUGUUUUUGUUGAGGUCGAGCCAAUUCUUAGAUCGGCACUGGAUGGGCACAAUGUAUGUAUAUUAGCUUAUGGUCAAACUGGCACUGGCAAGACAUUUACAAUGGAUGGUACAAAUGAUCAGCUGGGAAUUGCUCCUCGAGCCCUUGUUCAGCUCUUCCAUAAUGCCUCUUUGGAUAAAUCAUCGUCUUAUACCUUUUCAAUGAGCAUGUUGGAGGUUUACAUGGGUAGUCUGAGGGAUUUGCUGGCUCCCAAAUCAUUUUCCAGAGCAUAUGAAACCAUAUCAAGAUGCAAUCUCAACAUUCAAACAGAUCCAAAGGGAUUGGUCGAAAUUGAGGGUCUCUCAGAAGUGCCAAUUUCUGAUUUUACAAAAGCAAGUUGGUGGUAUACCAAGGGGAGACGGGUUAGAUCUACUUCAUGGACUAACGUGAAUGAAGCAUCUAGCAGGUCUCAUUGCUUAACGAGGAUCACCAUUUUUCGGCGUGGGGUUGCUUCGGAAGCUAAAGCAGAAGUAAGCAAACUGUGGAUGGUUGACCUUGGAGGAAGUGAAAGAUUGUUAAAGACAGGUGCCACUGGUCAGACACUAGAUGAAGGAAGGGCUAUAAAUCUCUCUCUUUCAGCUCUUGGUGAUGUCAUUGCAGCCCUGAGAAGGAAGCGAGGUCAUGUCCCCUAUAGAAAUAGCAAGCUAACUCAAAUUCUCAAGGAUUCCCUUGGGGAUGGUUCAAAGAUCUUGAUGCUUGUGCAUGUAAGCCCAUUUGAAGAAGAUGUCGGGGAGACAACCUAUUCCUUGAGCUUUGCAAAGAGAGCAAGAGCAGUGGAGUCCACUAAAGAGCUCCCUGAGGACUUAAAGAAGCAAAAGGAAAAGAGAAUUGCCAAGCUUGAAGAAGAGAUGAGAGAAGCUGAAGAAGAAUGUCAGAAAGUUAGGAAUCAAAUACAAAAGGCUGAGUUCUUGUUAAACGAAAACAAAAGGCUCUUCUCUUCCACAUAUCAGCCUCCUGAAGAUGAAGGAAAGGCCCCUGCAAGCCCUAAGGGAGAUCUUUUACAAGUUUCUAGAGCAUCUCUAACAUUUGAGAAAACGACUAGAAGAAAAUUUUCUAAUUCUAUGCCUCGAUUCAUGAAUUCCACCGUGGCAAGUCGCCAAAGGCUAGGUGCUGCAGAAAAAGAAAUUGAUAGCAGAGCAAACAGUUCAAGAACUGGGACUCGAAGCUCAAUCCAAUUCUCAGGUUCCCAGUCCCUUAGUUAUUCAGAUCUUCGUUUCAAAUCCAUUUUAAGAUCAAAUAAAAAAUCUAGAUACGGGGAAACGAAUACUCCUGCCAUGGAGAGUCCCAAAUGCAGUGAUUUGGAUUCUAAGACAACCUCCAUGCCUCGGAGCAAGAUUGUCACUUCUUCCAAUCCAAACUUGAGAGUUACACUUUCCCGUCACAGAAGAAGGAUGUCUGAUUUUAUCUAGAGGGUAAAUUGCUCCUGGUUAAUGAUAUUUCGCGCUUUCUGUACAAUGUUUUUUUGUCCAUGUUUGAUUAACAGUGGUUUUUAUAUAGGAUGAUUGAUUUUGUGUCAUUGUUCUAAAGGGGUGGUUUUUCUUCUUCUUCUUUUUUUAGGCUUGUUGGGAUCUGUUAAUUAUUUGUUUACAUGAUCCCUUUAACUCUCAUGGUUUGUUUAGGCUUUUUGGGAUCUGUCAAUUGUUCAUUUACAUGAUCCUUGUCUUGUAGCCCACAUAGGGCCUAUAGGUUUGUUGACAUCAUGUUAUUGAAACAUAUAUGAAAAAACAUUGGCUUCCUUUAUUUU